CGAAUACCUUCCCUCCCUAAACUAACCGCCUUGUGCCCCUUUUCCGUUCUCUAUUUCUUCUGCGCUAAGCAAAAUCACUUCUCAUCUUCUCUUGCUCUGCAACAACAAAAUCCCUAGUCAUGCAAGAACCUGAACUCCACGAUUUGGCGGACGACGCUGACUACGCUGCUUCUAUCCAGCAAGGAUCAGCAAGCGUCAUGGUAACGAGCGAUAGCAGUAAGCGAAGCACUUCCAGUGAACCGGAUGGCGCUGAAGUGGUGUACAGGAAGGAUAAUGUUGCGAUUCAUCCAACUCAGUUCGCGUCCGAGAGAAUUGGUGGAAGAUUGAAGCUGAUUAAGCAAGAUACUUCUCUCUUUAUGACAUGGAUUCCAUACAAAGGGCAAAGCUCCAAUGCAAGGUUGUCUGAGAGAGAUAGGAACCUUUACACCAUAAGGGCUGUGCCUUUUACAGACGUGCGUUCCAUUCGUCGACACACCCCAACUCUUGGCUGGCAGUAUGUAAUUGUUGUUUUGUCAUCAGGACUUGCAUUUCCUCCUCUUUACUUCUACAACGGGGGAGUCAAAGAAUUCCUUGCUACAGUCAAGCAACAUGUUUUUAUUGUGAGGUCAUUGGAAGAUGCAAAUGUUUUUCUUGUCAAUGAUUUUCAAAAUCCAUUGCAGAGAACAUUGUCCUCUUUGGAGCUGCCUAGGGCUGUUCCUAUUGCAAGUGGGCGAUCUGCAUCUACUUCAGCAGUUGAGUCUUCUUCUUAUGAAAACCAAGGGAAGGAUGAUGGGGAUAUCCACAAUGGAAGUUCCAGCAUUUCUCAAAUUGGUGGGAGGCAAAGGCAAAAGAGUAAUGAUCCUGCUAGAGAUCUUUCCAUCCAAGUGUUAGAAAAAUUCUCUCUUGUAACUAAAUUUGCCCGGGACACUACUUCACAACUAUUUCGAGAAAAUCACAACAAUGGGUUAGGUUCUAUGGACAGGAAAAAUUAUAACCAUUCUGCUGUUAAUAUCCCCCACAAGACACCACCGGGCACAGAGGAAGGUCCUAUUGAAAGUCCUGUACCCUCUGAUCCUAUUGAGAAAUACCUAUGUAGGAAACACGAACAUGGUGAAGAAGCUGCCACCAAUGUGGGACCUUUUCAGCUAAUCAAUUUUAAGGAGUUUGACAAACUGACACUUGUGUGGGGAAAACCACGACAACCACCUCUGGGUUCUGAAGAGUGGGCUACUUUUUUGGAUUCUGAAGGACGAGUUAUGGAUUCCAAAGCUUUAAGAAAGAGAAUAUUCUAUGGAGGAGUUGAGCACACAUUGAGGAGAGAGGUUUGGGCAUUUCUCUUGGGAUACCAUGCAUAUGAUUCAACAUAUGCAGAAAGGGAAUGCCUUCGUUACAAUAAAAAGUUAGAGUAUGAAACCGUGAAGAAACAAUGGCAGAGCAUAUCUCCUGAACAGGCAAAGAGAUUUACAAAAUUUAGGGAAAGGAAAGGCCUUGUAGACAAAGACGUGGUGAGGACUGACAGAUCACUUCCUUUCUAUGAUGGGGAUGACAAUCCAAACGUGAAUGUCUUGCGUGAUAUUCUAUUGACGUAUUCCUUUUAUAAUUUUGACCUUGGCUACUGUCAGGGUAUGAGUGAUUUACUCUCUCCUAUUUUAUUUGUGAUGGAGGACGAAUCAGAAUCAUUUUGGUGUUUUGUCGCAUUGAUGGAACGCCUUGGACCUAAUUUUAAUCGUGACCAAAGUGGCAUGCACUCUCAACUUUUUGCAUUAUCUAAGUUGGUGGAGUUGUUGGACAGUCCAUUGCACAACUAUUUCAAGCAGAAUGAUUGCUUGAAUUACUUCUUUUGUUUCCGCUGGAUUCUAAUACAAUUUAAAAGGGAAUUUGAAUAUGAGAAAACAAUACGUCUAUGGGAGGUGUUAUGGACACAUUAUUUGUGUGAGCACCUGCACUUGUAUGCAUGUGUUGCAAUCUUGAAGCGGUACCGCAACAAGAUAAUGGGAGAGCAGAUGGACUUUGACACUCUCUUGAAAUUUAUCAAUGAACUUAGUGGCCAUAUUGAUCUUGAUGCAAUCCUCAGGGAUGCGGAGGCUCUGUGUAUAUGUGCUGGUGAAAACGGUGCUGCUUGUGUCCCACCUGGAACUCCACCUUCAUUGCCUCCUGAGAAUGAGAAUGGUUUGUUAUAUACUCAACAGGAUGAAGGAUUGUAGAGGCAAAGCCAUCUAUUGGCAUGAUUAAUCAUCUUUGUUUUCUGAAUUUUCAAUGGAUAUAUUAUUAGUUUUGUAUAUUUGAUAUUCAAAGACAAUUGUUGGUAAAUAUUUCAUUAAUCAACUCAUUUUACUAUUUCUAUCA